GGCGGUGCAUGGCGAAAGUAGCUAGCAGCGCCGAGCUUAACCCAAGCGCUGCAGCAGAAUUUUUCCAAUUUCUGCAAUGCUCCUUGCGCUUGGAAGCAGCGGAGAAGCUUCAGCAUGACAUGCUGCCAGAGGAUCAGGAGGCCCUCACCAUGUGGCCCACCUUCAAGCUCUGGGCGAGCCGCAACCUGAAGCGGGAGAAAUGGGUCCCCUUCCACACAGCUCUGUCGCCGCAUGAGCUGUUUGCAGUGGAGAAAAUCCAUCACAACCAGGACUUGAGCUGGACCCCAUUCCAGCGAUAUUUGGCGAUGAUCAUCUUUCGCGCGCACUGCCAGAAACAUGUCUUUUCUGAAGCCCAGCUGCCUUAUCUGCAAACGCCCGACUUUUGGGCUGCGCCGAAGAAAUACUUUGAGGAUGAUGGCCCCAUCACUCAAUCCAUGUUGCGGUAUCGCCGUGAGACGCGCUCGCCAUUGCAGACCUCCGCCUUUCGCUUGAUCCCGAAGCGCCUGCGAACAGACAACGACGAGAAUUUAGCUGUCAGCGUGGCGCGGCGCAGCCAGCUACUGAUUGACAUUGCCAAUGAAGUCUGGCCUCUACUUCUGGAUGUCCAUCUUCCAAGUGCCCAGAAAUUUGAAGCCAUUUCAAGAGCCAUUCAAACUGGCCAUGGUUUUGGUCAAACUUGGGCCAAGAUGUUGAUGGUUUCCAUGGACAUCGCUUACCCAGAGGCCAAGCUGUUGACGGAGCACUGCGACGUGGGCAUUGGCGCCAAACCCGGGCUGCUGCGCCUUGGCGGCAGCGGCGACCGCACAGGCUUGCAGCAGGUGACAGAAGCGCUAAAUGGGGCGCAGCUGGAUUCUGCCAGGCAUUUCUGGCGCUUCCUGGCAAACGUGGAGUCUGUGGCCCAGAGCACCUUUGAUCACUUGCCGCUGAUCCAACGGCACUUGGACACGGAACGCUUGAGCCCUGCCACAGUGCAGGUGCAACUCUGUGAGUGGCGUCAAUUCCUGGACUUUUUGGAGAAGCAGGCUAGACUGGAAUUGCUGCAAGUGCCUUCCAGCAUCACCUUUCUGGACGAUGACGCCGGAACCCCGGAGAUCUCGGACGAGGAGGUACCCGAGACCGAGGUUUCGGAUGAUCCCACGUCGGACGCCAUCAUCCACCCGGCAAAAGCCAGGAGGCGGUCGACCUCCGAAUCCAUGGCUUCGGCCAGUGCCGCCUAUUUGACACGAGCUUCUGAAGUGCUGGGACAUGCGAAGGUCCAACACGAGGAACUCCUUUUGAAGAUCGAAAUUUGCGCUGAAGAACUUCGAGAGUAUGACCUACGAUGGGACACUGCAAAGCAGAAAUUCUUGAAUUUGGCGCGCCUGGAGCAGCAACUGCAAUAUGACAUUUGGGAGGCCAAGAUCAAGGUAAGCCAAGAAAGGACGGCCCAAGAGCCUUUACAGAAACAUGUGAAGGCCUUAGGCGACGCGCUGCGCACCUUAGAGCAGCAGCGACCGAAGAUGCCUGGGCCAGCGAUCCCCACCUGCUUGGCGGAACGUAGCUAUGACGCCCAGGCACAGCAGCUGGCACAGCUGCAGCAAGGCAUCCAGGAAAUCAGAGCUGAGAAGCUUUGCGCAGAAAAAGUUGCUGGCAUAAAGAUUUGCACCGAGCAAGAGGAUGAAUCUUGGCAGGUGCUGAAACGGUUGCAAAACCAGCAAGCUUUGACGCAAGCGCAAAGAAGCAUUGCAGGAGAAGAAAUGCAGAAGGCAGAAGCUGCUAGGGUUUCUGCUCAAAAUGAACUCUUGCAGCGACGCUUGCGACUGGUGAAUCUCAAGGCAGACAUCAGUGCCCUCGAAGCCAUGGUUGCACCGCAAGAAAAACAGCCCUUCGCCCACGAAACAGAACUGUUCUUUCCCUGCGUGGCUCAAGUAGCUUUGUUUCCACUCUGUGGCCCCUCCUCUUGCUACCUCGGCAUGGCGGCCAGACUGCUGCGCAGCCUGGCGUUGCUGCUGCUGGGCUGCGGCACCUGGACCUUCCUUGCCCCGGUCGCAGCGCCCAUAGACAUCCCGCCAGCGCAGUGGAACGCAGUGGAUGCACACCUGCUGUUAGCGGAGAUUGACAUGGAAAACCCCACCAGGCCAGAGGAUGAUGAACCCACGAGUCCUGCCAAUGCCCUGGUCCUGUUGACUUUGGGUUUCGUCUUCGCCGUCUUCAUUUUACCGCUGCUCUUCGCAGGUGUCCAAUCCAAAAAUCAAGACAUCGCCGGUGCCGAUGCGGGCACCCUGAUCAAGAAGUUAGUUGGGGAACAUUGGCUCGAAAAGGUGGAGGAUCUUCGCUAUGUGCCCCAGCAUCGCUUGGAAAGCUGGGGCGUCCCCCUGAAGCUGAUUGAUGAAAUCUAUGAUUUUUUGGCAGAGAAUGCCGCUUGGAUCGCGUUGGAUGAAGCAGAUGAGGGCGCUCAUAGCACCUGGGCCUAA